AUGAAGCAGAGAUUCUCGUCCAUAGAUGUCAAGGUCAUCACCCAGGAGCUGGCCUCGGAGCUAGUCAGCCUGCGAGUCUCCAACAUCUACGACCUAUCAUCCCGAAUCUUCCUUUUCAAACUCGCCAAACCGGACCACCGCCGACAACUCAUCGUCGACUCCGGAUUCCGCACCCACGUAACUCAAUACUCCCGCACAGCCGCGACCGCCCCCUCACCAUUCGUAGCACGCCUGCGCAAAUUCCUCAAAUCCCGCCGUGUCACCGGGGUCACGCAGAUCGGCACAGACCGGAUCAUCGACAUCUCCUUCAGCGAUGGCGCCUACCACAUGUUCCUUGAGUUCUUCGCCGGCGGCAACAUCAUCCUCACCGACCGCGAGUACACCGUGAUCGCAUUGUUCCGCAAUGUCCCCGCCAGCGCCGGCGAAGAGGAAAUGAAACUCGGCCUUCAAUACAAUGUCACCAAUAAGCAAAACUAUGCGGGAAUCCCGGAUAUCACCCCGGAGCGGGUGAAGAGUGUGAUUGAGAAGGCGCACGCGUCGUUCUCGCAGGACGGCGGGGCGCCGAAAAAGUCCAAGAAGAAGGCUACUGAUAUCUUGCGCAAGGCUUUGUCGCAGGGAUUUCCCGAAUAUCCGCCUCUAUUGCUUGAUCACGCUUUUGCAGUCAAGGGGUUCGAUGCUACGACACCGCUGGACCAGGUCCUCGGAGACGAAGAUCUCUUGAAGAAAGUCGAGGAGACCUUGCGAGAGGCCGCUUCGGUGUCGGAUAGCUUCAAUGUCGGCGAAAGCCACAAGGGCUACAUCGUGGCGAAGAAGGACGAACGAGCCUCGAAAGAAGAAGACAGCACGUCGAAGACUCCUGGUCUUUUGUAUGAGGAUUUCCACCCUUUCAGACCUCGCCAGUUUGAGGGGAAGCCGGGAAUCUCGAUUCUUGAAUUCGACCGGUUCAAUGCCACUGUCGACGAGUACUUCUCUUCCCUGGAGUCUCAGCGCCUAGAGUCCCGACUCACGGAACGCGAAGACGCGGCCAAGCGCAAGCUGGACUCGGUCCGAGAGGAGCAUAGAAAGCGCAUCGAUGCAUUGAAAGAUGCGCAGGAAAUUCACAUCCGCAAGGCUGCUGCUAUUCAAGACAAUGUUUACCGGGUCCAAGAGGCUAUGGACGCUGUCAAUGGUCUUGUGGCUCAGGGAAUGGACUGGGGUGAGAUUGCUCGCCUAAUCGAGAUGGAACAAGCUCGAGGAAACCCUGUGGCGCAGAUCAUUAAGCUGCCUCUCAAACUCUACGAGAAUACCGUCACACUGCUACUUGGGGAGGAGGAAGAGGAAGAAGAGGAGGAGGAUGCCGAGUCUACCGAUGAGUCAGGCUCGGAUUCGGAUUCCGAGGAUGAACAACAAGAGCAACAGAGACGCGCAGAUGCUGCUUCGCGCAUGCUUAAGAUUGAUAUCGAUCUCGGCCUUACGCCUUGGGCUAAUGCCUCUCAGUAUUACGACCAGAAGAAAACUGCCUCAGAGAAGGAGCAGAGAACAGUUCAGUCGUCUACCAAGGCGCUUAAGAGCCACGAGAAGAAGGUCACGGCUGAUCUCAAGAAAGGUCUGAAGCAGGAGAAAGCCGUUUUGCGACAGGCUCGUGUGCCAUUUUGGUUUGAGAAAUUUGUCUUUUUCAUUUCUUCCGAGGGGUAUUUGGUUCUGGGUGCCCGUGAUGCCAUGCAAAGCGAGCAGCUUUACCGACGCUACUUGAACAAGGGCGACAUCUUCAUUCACGCUGACCUCGAGGGCGCACUUCCCAUCGUUGUCAAGAACCGACCCGGUAAUCCCGAUGCGCCUAUUUCCCCAAGUACACUUUCUCAAGCCGGCACUAUGUGCGUCUCAACUUCGGCGGCAUGGGACUCUAAGGCUGUUAUGUCUGCCUGGUGGGUGCAUGCUAAUCAAGUAACCAAGACUGCGGCAAACGGUGCCGGAAUUCUACCUACAGGUAGUUUCGAAACCAAGGGCGAGAAGAAUUUCUUGGCUCCAUCGCAACUGGUGCUUGGUUUUGCUAUCCUGUUCCAAGUUAGCCAGGAGAGUGUUCGGAACCACAGGCAGCGAUUCGAAGGGGAUGUUGCUGGUGAGAUUGAUACUAGUGAGCCAGUUGCACAGCCUGCUGUCGAGCAAGAGACCCCCAAGCCUGCAGAAGAACAAGCUGUGGAAGAGAAGUCAUUCGAGAAGCCCAUCGAUGAGACCCUGCAAGAAGGCAACGCAUCCGACGAAGAGGAUGACGAAGACACAAAACCUGCCAGCAACCCCCUGCAACGAGGUGAUUCCGAGGGCCCCAUUGAUAAAGAUGAGCAGUCCUCCGAAAGCGAACACGAAGAAGAAGAAGAGACCAAGUCAGAGCCCGACACCAUUCAAGGGGACCAAGAACUCGAGCAACCCGGCGAGGAAGCCGAAGAAGACGAGGCAGAACAACCAACCGUCAGCCAAGAACCUACAUCUCCCGAAGAUGCACGGAAGCAGCUGAACGCACGAGAGAGACGUGCUCUCCGCCAGGGCAAGCCCGUCGAUCUACCCGGCCAGAAAGAGCCCGCACCCGCACGAAUCGCACCAACCCGAGGCAAGAAAGCCAAGGAGAAGCGCGCAGCCGCCAAAUACGCGCACCAAGACGACGAAGAGCGCGAACUCGCCCUCCGCCUCCUAGGAUCUAACAAGGGCAAAGCAGCCAAGGCCGUCAAAGCCGCCGAAUCCAAGGAGCAGCGCGAACGAGAAGCAGAGCAACAACGGGCCCGCCGCCGCGCACAGCACGAAAAAGCCGCCGAGGCGGAGCGCAAGCGUCAAGCCCAGUUCGCCGAGGGUGCGGACGAUUAUAACGAGGAGACCGCUGCUGCCGAAGCGGCUGAUCUGAGUUGGUUGCCCGCACUCAUCGGUACGCCGACGCCAGAGGAUGAGCUCCUAGGUGCGCUUCCGGUUUGCGCGCCGUGGGCGGCGUUGACGCGGUAUAAGUAUAAGGUUAAGCUGCAGCCUGGUACGGUUAAGAAAGGGAAGGCUGUCAAGGAGAUCCAUCAUCGGUGGGUUUCUGAGACGACGGUGGGCAAGGUCAAGAAGGAUCAUGCGGAGGAUGCGGGCGUUCCGCGUGCUGUGGCUGAGGAGCUUCGGGCUAAGGAGGGCGAGCUUAUUAAAGGGUGGAAGGAGUCUGAGAUUAUCAAUACGAUGGUUGUUGGUAAGGUGCGUAUUAUGACACCUGGUAGUGCCGGGGGUGGUGGUGACAAGGGGAAGGGCAAGGGUGGAGGUGGAGGUGGUGGUAAAGGUGGAGGUGGUGCGAAGGGAGGAAAGGGUGGAAAGAAGAAAUAG